AUGAUUAAUUUUUAUUUAAAUAAUACUGUGCUUAGCUCAAACACAAACAUAAUCAAAUAAAUAAAUAAUCAAAUAAUAUAUUCAUCUAAAUCAAAAAAUAAUAAGUAAAAAUUAAUGACAGAUUCCUUUUAGCUUUCUAUCUAAUAAAAUUCUAGUAAUGAUACUUAGAGUUUGGAAGAUUCAGAAUUUAUGAAAUUUUUGGAAGAUCAUCCUGAUAAAAAACUAAUAACUUUAAUAGGUCCACCUGGCUAAGGAAAGACUUAGAUUUAGAAUAGCAUAAUUAACAUGCAGAAAUAAAAAAAUUGUGAUGAUUUUGCUUGUUAAUCUAGCAUUAGCUCUUAUCCUGAGAUCAAAUUCUAGUGCGAUGAAGAUUCACCAUAUUUAUUUGUGGAAUUCGAGAAUUUAGAUUAUUCUCAAGAUAGUAAAAUUAAUUAAUCUAUGAGAGAUCUUAUGUUUCAUUUUAUAUUUAUUUCGACGUGUGUGAUCUAUGUACAUCAUAAUAUUAGAAUCUCAAAAGGUUUUGAAGAUAUAGCCACCAAAAUAUUAUAACAAAGUAAAACAAAAAAAAUAACAUUUGUUGAAAUACUUAAUAAGUGGAAUGGAGAUAGAGUAUAAUCUUACUAAGAUUUGGAAAAUUACUAAGGCCUUUUCUAAAAAACUUUCUAUUUGAAAUCUCUUAACUUUAGAAACUCUUAAAUUAAUAAAGACAAUAAUUUAGAGUAAUUCUAAAGCUAAAUAAAGGAAUUAAUUUCUUAUAUUGAUAGUCUUCAAGUUAAUAAUCAUUCUACUUUGGAGACUAUCAGAAUGUAUAUUAGAGAUUUUGAUACUUAAAUAAAAGAAAAAUUAAACCACAAUUGUAUCAUCAUAAAGAAUGAGCCAAAUAGAUUAGGAGGUGCUAAUUAAGAAGUUGAAUAUGAUAUAAGUGACCCACUUUUAGGCAAUAAUAAUAACUAACCUAAAAAAAGUAAAAUAUUGAUUUUGGCACUAAUCAUAUUUUGGAUAAUCAUUUAUUACUUUCCUAAUAUUUCAUAAUCAAAAAAAUUUAUAAUAACUUUUAUCUCAAUUUUUUUCUAUUUAGCAUUUUAUUGGCGGACACUUUUUUUGAGAUACAUCAAAAAACUUUUUAGAUUUUUCGAAAAAAAGCUAAGAAGAUAUUGA